AUGCAUUUCCGUCAGACCUUUCUUAGCUUCUACCGGACGCGAGCUCAGAAUGUGAACACUGAAGUUAUCGAGUCCUCAAACACUCGGCCGCCCCUAUCUCGUUCCACAAGCUCUACAACCUCUGACAAUGACCCAGAAAGCAUGGUACUCACUUCAAGACCCUCCAGACAGCAACAACUCCCUACGCCGUCCGAGAGCUCCUUUGACGUGUCCCUUCAAGAUGCCCAGGUCGCGACUAUGAAACAAGUGCCGAAAGGCCGGGUUCGACGCGUCAGUUCCAGACUGGCCAAGACACAAAGCCACACUGGUCUCGUGGGAGACACAGAAGAUGAGGAUCUCAAAGGGAGGACCGUCAGUGGUGAAACUUUGGUUAACUUGGAAAAUGCGAGCCAGUCAACGUUGGUCAAGGAAAGUAUUGCCGCGUUGGACUUGCCGUGGAGUGUGAACGAAGUCUUUACGAAGCAUGGCAAGGAGGGUCUAUCGAGGGAGAAGGACGGUAAGGCAUACCAACCCAGAGAAUCAACAGAAACUGCGGCGGAGGAUGCCGAGGACCAACGUCUACGAGCAGAGAAGGCGGCCGCGAAGAAGGUCAAAAUGGCCGAGAACAACAAGAUAUGGGAGGAACGUCGUCAGGCCGCUCAGAAACUCGCGACAAGAAGAUCGUCCAGAAUGCCGAUUCUGGAUAAAGCGGGAGAGGUCAUAUCGAGUAUCGCUAAUAGCGUGCUUGGGAAGAGGAAGGAUAGGGCGUCAGACGCGCGCAACGCAGCGCGAUCAAAAAGCCUAGGAGGCGUGGAACCGACUGCUUCAGAACCGGUCUCGAAGAAGAGGCGCAUCAGCGAGGGUGAUAUCCCUGUUCAAGAGCUUGCCCAACCUAGAGCGCCCGUCCGUCGACGGGAGAAAAAAUGGCUUACCUCGGGCCUCUACGCCGGUCAGUCUAGGUUUGCCGAGAUGCGUCCUGCUUCAAGCAAGAGCAGGCGCAAGAGUGCGGCACCUUCGGAAUCUGUCAAGGAAAACUCGGUCCUACCUCUGCCAAUGUUUGGCGGCGAGCGUCUGUUGAACUAUGGCCGAGACUUCAAACUCCCUUUUGACAUAUUUUCUCCCGUUCCUGCUGGUCAGCCGAAGCCCGACGAGUGGAGAAAGGUCAAUAAAAACGUCGUUGUCGGCGAUGCGGCACAAACGUGGCGAGUGUCGAAGUAUGAGGAGCAUUCGAGCUGUGUGUGCAAGCCUGAGACGGGAUGUGACCAAGACUGCAUAAAUCGAUAUAUGUACUAUGAGUGUGAUCCCAGGAACUGCAACCUAAAGGCAGAGGACUGUGGGAACCGUGCCUUUGAAAGUCUCCAGCGUCGCGUCAAGAAGGGGGGAAAGUACAAUAUCGGUGUGGAGGUAAUCAAGACCGAGGACAGGGGAUAUGGCGUGCGAAGCAAUCGCACGUUCGAACCACAUCAAAUCAUCGUGGAAUAUACGGGAGAGAUCAUCACUCAGGAGGAAUGCGAGCGGCGCAUGAAGACGAUGUACAAGAACAACGAGGUGAGGCGAGCACUGGAGAAUCUUGUGUAUCCCACUAACUCAGGACAGUGCUAUUACUUGAUGCUCUUUGACCAGAACAUGAUCAUUGAUGCCACUCGAGGAUCCAUUGCACGAUUUGUCAACCAUUCGUGCGAGCCGAAUUGCAGGAUGGAAAAAUGGACGGUCAACGGUAAGCCUCGAAUGGCGCUCUUUGCAGGCGACCGAGGUGUCAUGACUGGAGAGGAACUCACUUACGACUACAACUUCGAUCCUUAUUCUCAGAAGAAUGUUCAAGAAUGCCGAUGCGGAUCUCAAAAGUGUCGCGGAGUAUUGGGACCAAGAUCCAAGGAGGAGCGGAAACCCAAAAGCCCCGAGAAGGAAACCAGCAAAGGCCGCAGCAAAUUGGCAGGUGCAAAACGAAAGAUCGCGGAGGCUAUAGAGGAGGGCACCAGUCGCAUUGCGAAAAAGGCAAAGGUUGCUGCGGCACCGGCACGGAAGGUGUCAGGUCGUUCACAGUCCAGCAGCCCGGUCAAGGUGCGAAAGGUGAAGCUCAUUAAGAAAGCUGUGACGCGAAAGACGAGUGCGACUGUCGUGGGAGGACUCUCCAGACGCCCCUCCAAACUCAAGACCCUUGUUGCAAGUGCUAAGAGCAAGUCUGUGAAGUCGAGGGUUGUGUCGACAUCCUCUUCAACAGCCCUGAUUGCGAAGACAAGCCCGAAAAAGACCACUUCAGCACCCGUCAGCCGAUCAUCAAGCCUGCGAGAGAAGGCAUCUAGUGUCAAGAGCCGGGUUGUGAGAAGCGUUCGUGGCACACAGAGAGUCAGGACAAAGACUAUUCGAGCAAUUGAGGCUGAAGAGGGGGCUUCGUGA